CCCGAGCAAGCGGUUUGCGUUUUUGCGUCGGUCGACCAGCGUCGCCGUCGGUCUUAGUUAGUCGCGUCGUAGUACUACGGUCGGAUCGUAGUUGGAUGAGUGGGUCGACUAAACGAGCCGUGUGCACCUUCCACCUCCAGAACGCGUGCAGCAAGGGGUCGUCCUGCCGCUUCGAGCACCCGGCGCGGCCGCCAUGCAAGUUCUUCCGCGACGGCAAGUGCUCCAUGGGCGCCGCCUGCCGCUUCGCCCACAGUAGCGCCGGGUCCGAGCCGUCCAUCAUCGCGUGCUCGCUGCCAAUGGACCAGCGCACCGACAACUCGGCGCCCAAUCCGUCGAGCGUCAAGUCGCAGCACAAUCAGUCAAGCGUCCAGUCGCAGCCUCACCAGUCGAGCAGCAUCGUGUCGCAGCCCAAGUCGGACUCGAACCGGAUCAUGACGGGUCAAAUCAAUGGCCAUGCGUUCGAGGUCGAGAUCCUCGACCCUGCCGACGUCCCGAGCUUCACCCGCCGCGACUACGACGAGGAGACCGACUACUCGUACGUUGAGCCCGACUCGAUUGACGGCCCGACCGAGUACGACACAUUCGUUUCGGCGCGCAACCAGUUCCAGGAGCAGCUCGACGACCUCGCGCGCAAGAUGGCCGCGCUCACCGACGACGGCGACGAGACCGACUCGAGCCUCAUCCUGCAUCGACCGUCCAUCGAGCACUGCGACUACUCGGACAUCCAGCCGGCCGCACCACCGAAGCAAUGCAAGUUCCAUCUGCAAGGCGCCUGCCGCUUUGGCGACGCCUGCAUCUACUCGCACGCGCGGGGCCUCUCGCCGGACGAAGGCAUGCUCAUGGACAAGGAGCUGCAUGCGUCACAAGAUGUCGAGUGCAACAUCUGCAUGGACCUCGUCCUCCGCGCCGGCGAGCGCUUUGGCCUGCUGCCCAACUGCGUCCACGCCUUCUGCCUCAAGUGCAUCCGGGACAAGGACCGAGACGUGCUCCGGCAAUGCCCCGUCUGCGCCGCCGACGCGCCGUUCAUCGUCCCCUGCAACCGGUUCAUCGCGGACCCGACGCGGAAACAGAAAAUCCUCGCCGACUACAAGGCCAACCUCGCGACGAUCCCUUGCCGCCACUUCAACCUCGGCCGGGGCAAAUGUCCGUUUAAACACGACUGCUUCUACGAGCACCGGUUUCCCGACGGGAAGCUCGCCGUGCGCAGUGGCCUCGAGAAGCCGCCGCUCGGCCGACGCCUCCAGAGUGCAUGAUCCGUCGCUGGACACGUUCGUAAAACAAAAAGACUCUAAACGG